AUGGCGGCAGAUUUGAAAAGAUGUGGUGAAAUGUGCUCAAUUGAUUUGAUUGUUCUGUACGAAAACGAUCGUUUAUUUAUCAAGUAUAGUGAUGGCUCAUCUAUUGAACUGUCUCCUUGUGGAUCGGCGUUUGUUCAUCGUCAAAAAGCCUUGAGUAGCUCUGCUCAGUUUCGUCAACUGACGAGAUUUGCCGUGAGCUCGUUUCGAUCGAAAAUAAAAGAGGCUAUCAGGAUUCGUAACUUGUUUGCGGCUAGACCAUACCUGUGUAAGGAACUAACAGAUCCACAGGACCUUAAGGUAUGUUGCUCCACGAUCGCAGUGAAUUCGUUUAGCCAUGUCCCAUAUUUUGGCAAUUUUUGUGACUUCUCCGUUUCAUUUACAGCUCUUGUACCUCAUCUUCGAGUAUUCGAGAUGAUGGAGGUUUACUUAGUACUGUAGUAGUUUGCUUGACUAUAUAUUGCUCAUACGUGUUAUUCAUUUACCAAAAUUGAAAUUCUCUAGAUCGGCUAUAAAGAUGUCACGCAGUGUUGUUGGCCUGACGAACCUUCCCCGUGUUUUAUUACAACAAUGUCAGAUGGUUCAGCGUGUGUCAUGUCUGUCGAUGGUCUGGCAAGCUUAACUCUUAUGCCUCACAGACAAACGUUUAUUGUUAAGUUCCUUGCAGAAGUUAGAUACGAUUCAACCAAGGUAAUGUGUACAGUAUUCCUCGAUAGUUCACUGACCCUUUCACUACUAGCAGUGAUCAACAAGUUAUUUCACGUUACAAUAUAAGUACAUUCUCAAAGAUUUCAAAGAGACAGGAGACGAGAAUAUAGAAAAAACUAACUAGGGAACAAUAUUUGAAUUAAAAACUAACUAGGGAACAAUAUUUGAAUUAAAAUCAAAUUCUCAAAGCUAGCAGUAUAUGAAAUGUACAACGGACAGCAAAGAGAUUUACGGUAUGUACAUUUGUAGAGAUUAUGGAUAAUAGGAGGGUAUAGUGGCCAGUUCACACAAGGUCCUCUAUAGCUGUAAUGGGAGCCGGCACUAAAGUUCACUGCUUACUUUUCAUUGCUAGGCAGAAUAGACCAUCUCCAUACUGUUUAGUUUCUUCAAUCUUCCUGUCUGCCUCCCUUCCUCAGGUUCAAUGGGUACCAGUGAGCUGUCAAUACAAUGUGACAGUGUUAUGCGAGAGGAAAUUUGCCAUUGAUUGAUGUUACUCUUUCUAGAGUCACUGUUUCCAUGCUUCAUUUUUCUUCUCUUACUUGAUAGAUGAUGGGAAACAAAGUCUCAGAGAUGCAAUGUCAGAAGCAUUAUUUUGCUUUGCACGAAAAAAUUCACUCAGUAUUUUCCUAUCCUGAGGCAUGGAAAUAUCCUCUCCAACUUGUUCUUGAUGCAGUCAACAACAAAGCCAAAGAUCCUUCCUGCUCCCUGCACAAAGAAACAACUUUGCCAGUGUCUCUGCCUGUCACAUGUAGUGCUCCUCAUCUUCACACAUGGAACAUUCAGGUGUUACCUCAUUGGUCAUCUAAACUUAAUUCAUUUUGCUUCAUUUAGUUAACAAACUGUAAUCCACAGACACAGUAUCAGUUAGUACUGAUGUUUUACCUCUCAACUGCAUUCCCUUAUUUUCCUGACACUUCUUCACUUUGCCAAUGUCACAAGUAUUAAAGUGGUGUUAGAAAUUCCUUUUUCUUGAUUAUUAUUCAUCUACAUUCCCCAUGAUGAAUAAGUUUUUACUUUAAACUCUCACCAGAUGCCACAUGAUGAUAGCUGCCUGAACUGGGAGUUCUUCUGGAAGCCAAAAGUUAUUUGGAAAGAUGGAGUUACUUAUAGGUGUGUUUCAGUUCUAAAGUUUUCCAGCUGCCAGCUCUUCCAAUGAUAAAUACUACGUAUUCUAACGUUUGUUAGCUUGCUAGUCUUUCAUUGUUAAAAUGUACAAUUUACUCUUUAAUGAAAUUGGUUGUAAUCGUGGUUGCAGAGUUUUUUGUCAGUCACCUGGCUUGUUCACCAUGGAGAUUCACCCAGAGGAUGGCUCUGUUAUGAGGUCACAACGACCCAAUGGAAGAUAUUUUGAUCACUGGUUUGUUCAUAAUAAUGAACAAACUGGCUUACAGGAAGUUGAGAUUCAAGAACGAGUUUACUCUGCUGAUAAACCUCUUCCACACAGAUUACUGCAAAGGACAGAAUAUUCCAUUGGUCGUCUUUUGAAACAGGCCACAAGGUGCAGCUUUUUUAAAAGCACUCAAACAUGACUUGAAUGUAAUUUUUCUGCAUCAUCACAGUCUAUUGUCUGUAUUGUCUGUCUUAUUUGUUCUGUCUAGUGAACUACAGUGUUGUUUGUACAGUGCAAAAACUAGCCAUGUUAUGUUUUGUCAGAUAUAUAGAAUUCCUCAAGAAUGCUGGGUAUCAAGGAGAAGAACGCUGCUGCUGGAAAGAGGUGUGGUUUACUUCAUAAAUUAGGAUUAAUAUUUUAUAAUGAAUCUUGAAUUAAUUAAUUAAUUAAUCAAUUAAUUUUAUUUUGAUAUUAAAUACUUCAGUAAUAACAUUUAUAUACUUGUAUGUAUUACAUAUCACUUAAAUUUGAACAUCUUUAAUCUUGAUGUGGGUUUCUAUUCAUUAUUUGGCACAACCCCUUUCAUCUUGUAACUUACUAUGAGAGUGAAAAAAAGCUAACUCAGAUGUACCAUUCACAAAUUUAACACGGCAAUGAGAGAAACCACAGCUGCAGUAAAAUUAGGCUAACCUGGAUGUACCAUUCACAAAUUUAACAAGGUAAUGAGAGAAACCUCUGAGGUUUCAGUAGUAAGAGCUAUCUGAUGUGUAAUUUAAGUACAAUAUACUUCAUACAUAAGCCAUUAGUGGGCUUUUGAGGAAUUGAUGCAAAAUUCAAUGCAUGAAAUUCUGAUCCACUAUUCAACCUACUCAUAAAUGUUAAUUAAUUGUAACAACUAUUGAUACACCACAUGACUUUUAAUCCAUGGCAGACAUCCAAAUCCACAACUGUUUUAUCCAAGCCAUCUUGUCCAGUACAUCUUGUGGAUGCUGCAGAUGUUCCGGGAACAGGGAGAUUCAAGGCUUACUCAAAUGGACACAUCAGUGUUGUGUUUAAUGACAGGACAAUCCUGGAUGUAAGGAAUUCAAGUGACCACAAGAAAAAUGAUCUGCAGAACCAUUGGUGUCAGCUAGUUCUUUCAAAUGGGAAUGUUCAGCAGUUUAAACUGAAUGAUGUGGAGCAGUGUGGUUUUUACAAAAGGUACAGUGUUGUAAAAGGGAAACCAAUUCAAAAAUGUAGCUUAUUUCUGGACAAAGUUAUAUUAUCCAUGGGUAAUGUAACGAUGUUAGGAUAUCCAAUGUAGUGCAAAGUGGUCUCAGUAGAAGAGAGCACUUGAUUAAUCAAUACAUACUUUGAAACCUAGAGCCCCAAUAUUUUAUGCUUUCCUUGCUUUACCCUUAUCUUUCCAUUUGUUACAGUUGCCUGCUUCUUGUUUUAUUGAGAACCUCAAAAGAAAUGAAAAUGAAAUAAUCUGACAUUAACCCUUUCCACCCUUUCAUCAAUAUACAUAUACUCCAUACUGGUUUUCUAUACAUUCCCUAAGUUGCUGAGGAGGAGAAUUUGUUUGAUAAUCCAGAGCUUCUUUAGUUGGUGACCUUUCCCUUUAUUCUCACAACCUGAAUGUGUGAUUUGGGGGUGAUAUUGUAAGGAGAAAUUAGAUGCUAGUCACUCUUUGAGAUUAGAGAGUUCAUGGUGAGGUUGUAAAUGCCCAAAAUUCCCUGUGGGGCAAUAAAGCCAACCCAAACUAAGUAUAAUAUAUGCACACUUGGCCAUGUUACAUGUAGAUCUAAAAUUAUCAUCAUCAUCAUCAUAUUUUUAUUUAUAGCUAGAAGGUGAGGAGACCCAGGAAGCCACCGGGCUUAUGGGAGAGCCACCUCACUUACAUUAAUAAAUAAAGUAAAAAAAAGUGCCACGAAUGUGCAGCUAGGCCAAUUCAAGGAUUAUUUAAGCAAAAACUCUUGCAUUUUCGUCUUAAAACUAAGAAGGUUUGACGAAUGAGUGACUGAAACAGGAAGAGAGUUCCAAAUUUUAGGACCUUGGUAAAGAAUUGUAAAUUGCUUGAGAUUUGUACGGCACAAAGUUUAAUCUACAUAGCAUUAAUCCACCCUUAACCUUUAAAUUCCCAGUGUCAGAUUGUUAAUUCUCCCUUCUAGCUACUAAAAAUUUCCUUGUAAAUUAGUUACAAGAAUUUAGACAAAGAUCAAAAUAAAAACCUCUACCUGGUAAGUUAGAGUAUUCUCAUUACCUGUUUGCUGGUUAAUGUAAUGGAUAUUAUAGGGAGAAAUGGCAUGUUCAUCACUUUUGGGAGUGAAAAGGUUGAGAAAAUGCUGUUCUGUGCUAAGACUUUUUGUGAGGAUGCUGAAACAAGUUGAAUUUGUGUUAGCCAUGACCUGUUCAUUUGCUUAAGUUGAUGUUGUUCUUGUCCAGGUAUACAGAUAUGGCUCUGCAUUGGGCAGAGUGGGUAGCUGCCACACCCUCACAAAGGAGAACCUUUUACAAAGACACAAUAUGGGACCCUGAGAGAAGAAGGUGAAUAAGACUCCUGAAACUUUGACCAUAAAAAGCACUGAGCAUCACAAUUUACACACCCAGAUCAAGAAGCAGAUUUGGGAAAUAUUACAUGUCUCUAUGGCACUAGCAAGCUUUGAAAAAGUGUAACAUUUUGUUAUUUUCCACAGGGCCGUUGACAUUGAAAUGGUAAAAAUUAAGACAUUCAAUUGUAUCCUUGGUGUCAUCUCUCUUGAAAAUAACUGAACCCUGCAAUAGUUGAUAACUCAAGACAAUAAUUCACCAUCUUAAUAAAAAUGAUCACCACUAUUAUCUAGUAAAUUUAUUUCAUGUUCAGUAACCAGUGAGGACACUUCAUUCACAGGUAUGUUUUGAUAUGAUUUAUUGGAGUUUGUAAUUAUUUUUACUUACAAUCCUUAACUUAGUGAUUGAACUGUACUUCAGAUGUUCAUAAUCAAAAUCAUGUGGAACAUUUGGUGGGAAAAAAGUUUCAGGAUAUUCAGGUGAAGACAAUGAUUAAAAAAAAAAUCAUUUAAUCAGAAAGGUUCCAGACCAAGGACUGAUUAAAUCUAGUUUCCUAGUGACUCUUAUUGUUAACAAUGUACAGUUCAGGGUAUCUAAUGUUCAGUUUUCUGUUGAUUCUAACCAGGAUGCUACUGAGAAUGACAGCACUGAGCCAGGCUCAGGCCAAGGUGACAGGGAAACUAUGAUCAGGAGAGUUCUGGAACAGACAAGUGAGGCCAUAUGUGAAAUUGAUGGUCUGCUAACUACAUUAAAAUGUUCAUCUUAA